AAGUGGGUGAAUUACAACGGGUUACUUUGUUUCGCAAAGUUCAUAUUUUUCUUUGAAUAUAUAGGGCCAGUCCUGGCAUCAGGUGUGUUGCUCCAUUCAGCACUUCCAAGUCCAGCGUUCAAGUCCCAGCAUACUUGCCAUUCGAUAUUUGGGACGCGAAAACAAUGACGGAGGCAGAAGAUGCCACACGACGCCGUAACGCGGUGGCGGAUUAUCGAAAGAAACUUCUUCAGCACAAAGAACUGGAGUCCAGAGUACGAUCUGUCAGGGAGAAUUUGCGAGGUGCGAAGAAAGAGUUCAAUAAAACCGAAGAUGAUUUGAAGUCUCUUCAAAGUGUUGGGCAGAUCAUAGGCGAAGUUCUCAGGCCUCUUGACAAUGAACGCUUGAUUGUUAAAGCAAGCAGUGGUCCCAGGUAUGUGGUCGGCUGCCGCAAUAAAGUGGAUAAGGAGAAAUUGACUGCAGGAACAAGAGUUGUUCUGGAUAUGACAACACUAACCAUAAUGCGGGCUCUUCCCCGUGAAGUGGAUCCAGUUGUUUAUAACAUGCUUCAUGAAGACCCAGGCAAUGUCAGUUACUCAGCUGUGGGUGGUUUAUCUGAUCAGAUAAGGGAACUGAGGGAAUCAAUUGAAUUGCCUCUAAUGAAUCCUGAACUCUUUCUUCGAGUUGGAAUAAAACCUCCAAAGGGUGUUCUUCUUUAUGGACCUCCUGGAACUGGCAAGACAUUGUUAGCUAGGGCCAUUGCCAGCAAUAUUGAUGCUAGCUUCUUAAAGGUUGUUUCAAGUGCCAUUAUUGAUAAGUACAUUGGAGAAAGUGCUAGGUUGAUACGAGAGAUGUUUGGAUAUGCCCGUGAUCACCAGCCUUGCAUAAUUUUUAUGGAUGAGAUCGAUGCCAUUGGUGGUCGUCGUUUUAGUGAGGGAACGAGUGCAGAUCGUGAGAUCCAGAGAACACUAAUGGAGUUGCUUAAUCAACUUGAUGGAUUUGAUUCACUUGGGAAGGUUAAAAUGAUAAUGGCAACAAACAGACCUGAUGUGCUUGAUCCUGCCCUCCUGCGUCCUGGUAGGCUGGAUAGAAAAAUAGAAAUUCCGCUGCCAAAUGAGCAGUCAAGGAUGGAAAUUCUUAAGAUACAUGCUGCUGGAAUUGCAAAGCAUGGUGAAAUAGACUAUGAAGCUGUUGUUAAGCUUGCAGAGGGCUUUAAUGGGGCUGAUCUCCGAAAUGUCUGCACGGAAGCUGGAAUGUCAGCCAUUCGUGCAGAACGUGAUUAUGUGAUCCAUGAAGAUUUCAUGAAGGCUGUUCGGAAGCUGAAUGACGCGAAGAAACUUGAAUCCAGUGCUCAUUACAAUGCUGAUUUUGGGAAAGACUGAAUCUAGAGCAAUGUUUUGACAGAGCCAUGGAUAUUUAGGCAGUGCAUGUUUUUUAUCUCAUUAUUUGGACUGGGUCGUUAAUGUCAAGCACGAAAUGGUUUCUUGGGAUAUCUUGUACAAUAAGAAUACUGAAGUUGGAAGAGAGAUGUUAUUAACCCAGCACAGGGAAGGGAGGACGUCAAUUCAAAAUUGCUUGCCUCGAAUUGUUAGAUUUUUUUAUUGGAAACUGAUUUCCGCGUCAUCUAUGAUGUUGUUGAAUGACUGAAUGAUUAUUGAAUUAGCUGAUUCCAAUUGCUUA